AUGGCUGCCUUCAGUGGUGCCAGCAAGGGCCUCCGCCAUGCCGAGUACUCACUGCCCUCGACCAAAUGGCCUGACGCGGACGUCCACCAGGGCCCGUCAAGAAGCUUGAUAGCUGUAGGACUGGGUGUUGCAGCUUUUGCGUUUGCAGGUCGCUAUGUAUUUCAGAUCUGGAAACCUCUGGAACAAAUAAUCACAGAAACUGCAAAGAAGAUUUCAACUCCUAGCCUUUCAUCCUACUGUAAAGGAGGAUUUGAACAGAAAAUGAGUAGACGAGAAGCUAGUCUUAUUUUGGGUGUAAACCCAUCUGCUGGCAAGGCCAGGAUUAGAACAGCUCACAGGAGAAUCAUGAUUUUGAAUCACCCAGAUAAAGGUGGAUCUCCGUACUUAGCAACCAAAAUAAAUGAAGCAAAGGACUUGCUGGAAGAAACCACCAAACAUUGAUUGAUGCUCAAGAACUAUUCUGAAGGAAAAAAAGGGGUGCUUACAAAACAAAGUCCCGUGUAUUUAAUAUAAACCACCACUGACCAUCAUAAUUCCCAUACAUGUACAUGUGCUAACUCUAAAUAACUUAUUCCACUGUUAUGUGGUAUAAUAAUAAAGAUUAAUA